AAACUCACAGUGCAAUUUUUCACCGUUUAAUUUCUUCAUCUGUAAUAUAAAUCAGCUUUCUGCAUUAGCAUGUACAUCCAAUCCUGUAUGACACACAUGACAAGCUACCAGACACUUUUGUGCCUGCUCUGUUUUGUGCUCAGUAUUGUGUGGUCUAUACACCUGCACAAGAGGUGUAAGAUAUUCAACAAACCAGAGGAAAACAUUUGGUCCAGCGUGUUGCUUAGGUUGGUAGUAGGUGAUCUCAUCCAGCCUUUUGUUAAAAAAAACAGGUUUCAACGGUGUAGCCUAUCUCCGUCUGUCAAGGGUUCCCCCGAUUCUAGCCAUCAUAUAACUAAUGCUGUUGUUUUAAAUUUAAAAUGAAUAAAUGUAAUAAUAGUAAGCAACAAGAGCAACACCAGCGCUGUAAACCAUACCCCACAAUAGCAGCGCACAUGGGGUACUGCGUGCUGCAGACGCUGUUUUUACCAGCUUGUCUCCAGUACUGUAAUGCGCGCACGGACCUCAACGCACACAGCCAAUCAAACGACACGGUCUGUAGCUACACUGAUCGAAAUUGCUAAUGCGCCCCUAAGACCACACCUGAUGCCCCUGGUAGGCAAUCGUCUCGUAGCUACAAUAGAUGUUUUUUUUUUUCUGUCAUAGUAAUAGGCUAGAUGAGAGAGUAUGUGUGUAAGAGAGAGGAUUGGGAGGGCAAGGAUCAAUAUUAUGUAUCUCUACCGCGAUCUGCAGCGGUGGUAGAUUUUUGCCAGUUUUGACCACAAAGAGAGAGAGAAAAUAAAUGACAGACGAAUCUGGCAGAUUUCUGCCAAUGGGAAACAAUGGUAAUUAUAACGAAUCAAAUGUGAUUUAUCAUUACCCCCCCUCCCUACACGCGCGCAGCUUUUUGAAGAGGACGUAAGCUACUGUCAUACGUGAAAAGACAGCCGUGAGAACAGCAAUCGCCGUUAUUAAAUGUCAUUUUUUAAAAAAAUAGCUGCCUCCUGCUUGACGGCGGUUUCCAGCAGCCCGUGCAGUAUCUUUUAAAGCGAGAUGGCAAAGCGAGCCCGCGGAGUGUCUCCGCUCCACCAUCACCCGCAGCAGAGGUAGACUCCCGUGGCGCUCUGCUCGCCCAUGCUGCUCCCGUGUGCACGAUGAGCGUGGCUCUGCAAGACCUGCGGAACAAUAUGCCGAAUUACCAGCGCGCCACUUUCGAAGACGACGAGGCGACCGACGUUCCUGUGGAUGGAGCAGUUUCGCCGGACUGCGUUGAGGUGGGUUUCCAGAAACCUGGAGUCCAGUUUCUGGGCCCCCUGGGGAGACGCACCUACCUGGAGAUGUUGCUGUCUGGGCUGCUGCUGCUGUCCCUCUUGGCACUUUUCGGAUGUGCUGUGACCCUGGGGGUGCGCUACAGCACAGACCCUGCCCGCACACUGUGCCUGACGGAGGCCUGCAUCACAGUAGGCAGUAAGAUCGUGGAGGCCCUGGACCGCAGUGUCGACCCCUGCCAGGACUUCUACCAGUAUGCUUGUGGGGGCUGGGUGAGGAAGAACCCACUGCCUGAUGGGCGAUCACGCUGGAGCACCUUCAACAGCAUCUGGGACCAGAACCAGGCAGUGCUCAAGCACCUGCUGGAGAACACCACCUUCAACUCGAGCAGCGAGGCAGAGCGGAAGACUCAGCACUACUACCUGUCCUGCCUGAAUGAGCAGAAGAUUGAAGAGCUGGGGGCCCAGCCACUCAUCGAUCUCAUCAACAGGAUAGGGGGCUGGAACAUCACAGGAUCCUGGGAGAAGGACAAUUUCAUGGAGGUUCUGAAGACAGUUUCAGGACCCUACAGAGCUCAGCCCUUCUUCACUAUUGGUGUCAGCGUGGACCCCAAGAACUCCAACAGCAAUGUCAUUCAGGUGGACCAGUCUGGUCUGUUCCUGCCCUCUCGAGACUAUUACCUCAACAAGACGGCCAAUGAGAAGGUGCUGAAGGCCUAUCUGGAGUACAUGGUUGAGCUGGGACACCUGCUGAGGGGGGAUCCCCAGUCCACACGCAUACAGAUGCAGCAGAUUCUGGACUUCGAGACCAUGCUGGCCAACAUCACGGUGCCUCAGGACGAGAGGCGAGACGAGGAGAAGAUCUACCACAAGAUGAGCAUUGCUGAGCUGCAGCUCCUGGCUCCAGCAGUGGACUGGCUGGACUACCUGUCGUCUGCUCUGUCUCCCCUGGAUCUGAACGACACGGAGCCCGUGGUUCUCUAUGCCAAGGAGUACCUGCAGCAGGUGUCCGAGCUCAUCAACAACACUGACAAGAGCCUUUUAAACAACUAUAUGAUCUGGAACCUGGUGCAGAAAACAGUCUCCAGUCUGGAUCAGCGCUUUGAGAAUGCUCAGGACAAGCUGCUGGAGAGUCUGUAUGGAACUAAGAAGUCAUGCACCCCGAGGUGGCAGACCUGUAUUGGAGACACAGACGACACACUGGGCUUCGCACUGGGCGCCCUCUUCGUCAAGGCCACCUUCGACAAGCACAGCAAGGAGAUUGCGGAGGGCAUGAUCAAUGACAUCCGGACAGCCUUCAAACAGUCCCUGGACAAGCUGAACUGGAUGGACACCCAGACUAGACAGGCAGCUAAAGAAAAAGCUGAUGCCAUCUACGACAUGAUUGGCUUUCCAGACUUCAUUCUGGACAACAAGGAGCUGGAUGAUGUCUAUGAUGGGUAUGAAGUUUCAGAAGACAACUUUUUCCAGAAUACGCUGAACUUUUUCAACUUCUCUGCUAAGGUGAUGGCUGACCAGCUCCGCAAACCACCCAACAAGGACCAAUGGAGCAUGACCCCACCGACAGUGAAUGCUUACUACAUGCCAACCAAGAACGGUAUCGUCUUUCCUGCUGGUAUCCUGCAAGCACCUUUCUACGCCAGGGACCAUCCCAAGGCUCUAAACUUCGGGGGCAUUGGAGUGGUAAUGGGGCAUGAGCUCACGCAUGCCUUCGACGACCAGGGAAGGGAGUAUGACAAGGAUGGGAAUCUGCGCCCCUGGUGGCAGAACUCCUCGGUGGACGCCUUCAAGAACCGGACCGAGUGCAUGGUGGAGCAGUACUCCCAGUACACCAUCAAUGGGGAGCAUGUUAAUGGGAAACAGACACUGGGAGAGAACAUCGCUGACAAUGGGGGACUGAAAGCUGCAUAUCACGCUUACAAGUCCUGGGUCCAGAGAAACGGUGAGGAGAAGCGGCUGCCGGCAGUGGAUCUGACGAAUGACCAGCUCUUCUUCGUGGGAUUUGCUCAGGUGUGGUGCUCAGUACGUACCCCAGAGAGUGCCCACGAAGGCCUGAUGACAGACCCCCACAGUCCCCCCAAGUAUCGUGUCAUCGGCACACUCUCCAAUUCGAGAGACUUUGCGGAGCAUUUCAGCUGCCCAGGGGGGUCGCCCAUGAACCCGGGGCGGCGCUGCGAAGUGUGGUAGGGCGAGAAUCAGGCAAGAGGAAGAAGAGGGGAUCCCUCCAGGCACUGGACCUUUUAUUCAUAUUUUAUUUUUUUGUAGAAGAAGAAUAAAGAAAACAAUGCUGGAAUCUUAAAUGGUUGGCAGAGAACGAGAGACAAACAGAGACGGAGAGGGGAAUUGUCUGUCUCGAUAUUUAUGCCAUGACACUGCAGUGGUGUCGUAACCUCCCUGUGUUAUUGCUGUUUCACUCUUCUCUUGUUUUGACGGAUUGUUGACGCACCCCACCCCUCAUUAGUUCAGGUUGCCGGCUGAUUUAUUUAUUUAUGCUCCUCUGAUGUCCGGAGAGGCCCACAGCAUAAUUGGACUAAACGCCUUGUCGGAUGAGUACUGCCCUCCUCCUUGCUUUCCUGUUUUUUUCUUUGCUGUAGCCACGCACCCUUUUCCCUAGACGCCUGUGACGAGAGUGGAUGAGAGGGAUGGAGUAUUGCAGCAGUACCGAAAAUGCCAGGCUUUACCUGGAGAGGGGAUAGCCUGUCGAACCACGGUCGUCCAUUCCUUGUCCCUGCGUGUUUCUUUUCCAGAUGUGGAUUGUGUUCAAAGUUAAAAUGAGACCCUUGCUUUAACUGCUUUUUGCCAAAGAGUAGCUGUGUGUUUAUAUCAGAUGACAUCGAAGACUAAGAGCAGCACAAAUAGAAAAGGUACUUCCUCAGAAUGCUACAGAAUCAUGACACGGGCAGACACACUGGGAUGUCAGUAGUGGCAUUUUUAUCAAUGAAUUUAUCCGUUAAUAAACACUGCUGGUAAAAGUGUCCUUUUUUUGUGAUAGAACUUGUGCGAAUACCCAAUCCAAUGGUAGUCCGAUACAGGGCCUUCCAGUCUACUCCAGUGCCAGUUUCUGGUUCAGCUAGUUGCUUAGUUAUGUUAAAGAUUAAAUUUGCUAAUUAAACAAAAUUGUACACAAAUUUUGGAUUGGAGCAGAUUGGAAAGUUAAGUAUCUAGGAAGAGCUGGGUUAACCUUUUCAAGGGUUUUAGUCUAGGUCAGGGGUGCCCAAUCCUUUUUAAUGUAACUUUUUCAUCUGCCAGUCCAACCAGUGUGAAUUUGAAGCUCUGUUUAGGAAAAACCAGACUGUGGGCACAUCAGUGCAAUAGCGAUACCCAUCACUAACAUGACAGCAAAUAAAAGCAAGUGACUCAUGCUGAACAAGUAUUGUUCCCCAUUUUAGAAAAAAGAAUAUCCUACCUUAAUGUGAGCAUUGGCACUGAGAAGCUUACUUGAAAACACUUCUAAUUUUUUUGAACGUGUUGACACUGCUGAUCAUGUUGAUGACUUUUUUAUUUUGUCCCUGCAGCUCGACAUUGAGCUCAUUUAGCAGUUCAGUCAAGUCUGUGAGGAAUGCUAAAUCCAGAAGCCGCUGAUCAUCCUUUAAUUGGGCAUAUUCACCAUGUUUAGACGACUUGAGAAACUCUUUGGUUUCAGGCAACAGCUGUCUGAAACUUGACAAAAAUGUUUGUUUCUGACAUCUCCAAACAGCAAGUCGGCAGCCUUUGUAUUGCUUCUCGAUCCCUGAGUGGCUUUUUGUGUUUAGCCAGGACUUGGCUCACACGGAAUGAUGCGAUGAUUGCUGCUUUCCCUCUUGUAUUAGGCCUCGUGAAAACCUGACUGCGGCUAAUUGAAAUUUUAAUUUUUCCACUUUUCCUUUUCGUAAUUUACUUUUAGCGGGAAAGUCCACAUCAUACGUUUUGUGUGCAGUUUUGAAAUGUUGGUCUCUCUUUCCCUUUUUCAUGUAGACGCUAGCUUUGCAGAUUUGAAGGCGAUAGUACAAAAAAAUAAUCAUGCUCCCAUUCCUUGUGGUAACAGUAAGUUUUCGGUCUCUUUGCUUCAUCUUUUUCGCUCAAACACUACAACUAUCAAAUAGGCAAUCAAACUUAUCAAACUGUUGAUGAAUUUGUCACGGCCAGUCUGUUUCGCUCCACUAUGCGCUGUAGCUAAUGUGGGGUUUGUGCGGCAAUAACCAAGAGAAUGUUCUUGGGUAGCCCACACAACACUCUAUUUACGGAGCUCCUGUAGCCUUUUUUUCAGUGUCAGCCAGCACUCAGGGAAGAGACCUUUACCACCCAAUCAACAAGGGUUAAACAUACACAAGGGCAGUUAAACAUAUGACAUCACAUGCACAGAUCUGAAUGAAUUUUUAGGCUAUUGAAAAAAGUAGUCAAAUAGCCCAUUUAUUUUUUGCCAAACAUUCUUGCGGUUGACUGACAAGCACUCUGGGAUCGACUGGUUGGGCACCCCUGGUCUAGGCUUUCCUUCUGCAUUUGAUUUGUAUUCUGUUUUUAGGACUUUCUUGGUAUAUUCAGGAUCUCUUAAUUUAACUACUAUUAUCCUAAGCAAAAAGCGAUUUGCUUUUGUAAGGAAACAUAAAAACAACAAGCUGAGCCUGGAGAUAUAGACAAAACCAUGUAUCAUACAGCUCUUUCUUGGUUCCUUUGCUAAAUUCUUUGACUACAAAACAGUUAAGACGUGCAGUUCAUUGUGAAAGUUCACACCGUUUGCCUUUGGACGACACAUCAGGUGUUUUUGUUUGAGUGUCAUGUACAGGAUCUUGAAAUCUUUUGACACAAAGAUAAAAGCACUUCACAGCACCAGGUACAAUGCAGAGCUGACUGCAAUACCUGAGCCUCGUACAUGAUGUACAGUAGGUUGUAUUUUAGAAGGUGUAGAAGAUGAUGAAUAUUGAUCCUCUGGGUGAGGAAUUCAUACUGGAAAACAUGAAAAGUUCAAUCGAUGCUUUAGGGAUUUCCACUGUCAUUUUCACAUGGCAGAGUGCCAUGUCUAAUCAGCUUAUUAAUCAUUGCAGCUACUUCUUCACCUGAUCUAUUUAAAAUUAUGUGCUGGAGAGCUGAAGGGUGUGAUCAGUCAGCUGCUCCAAGAUACUGAGCAGGAUUAGUCACUGAGGCCUCUCUCAGCUCUGUUAAAGGGUAAGUCCUGCAGUUUUCUGGGCUCCUUAAAUCUUACCGUAAUGUUGAUCGAUGUGAAUCUUCCUGUCGGUCACCGUGUAGCUUUGAAGAAUGACUCAAGGUGUGGGUGAUGUGAGAGAUACCUGAAGAAGGUCAGUUCUCAAUUGGGUGGCUGCGUAAUAUACAGGUGAUAAUUCUGGAAUUUUAGAAACAAAGUGGAUUUGAAUACCAUUCUCUAUGUUGUCUUUCCUUUGUUCUCAUUUUCCAGUUCUGGUCCAUGUGCUAUUGUUAGAGAGCAAGGCAAUCCACUUGGUCUUUCCAGUAGUUUCCCCCCUUUGAAACUAAACGUUUGUGCUUAUAAUUAAUUUUUCCAUGGUUUAUUGCCCUGCUCCAUGCCGGAAGACAUCUUUGCUUAGCAGGGGAUUCCUGUCUGGUCUGGUCCACAGUAGGGUUAAAGUGGGACUAGGCUUGGGGGAAUUAGGGAAAGGAAAGCAAGAUCGAGCCUUAAAAUAUUUGUAUGUGUGCACAAAAUGGAAACUUAAAGUAUUGAUGCCUUUAAAUAAGACAGCUUGUGCCAUUAACUGGAGAUAACGUGCCAGGUUUCCUACAAAGGGCUCUGGUCACCCCAAGACGUCCUGACGGGGCGUCACAUGUCUUUAUAUUCCACACUGGAGUCACAUAUUCACCAUCUGGUUUAUUAAAGUAGUCUGAACGGACCAGCUUCAAGACAAAAUGGGACAAUUCGAACAUUGUUAUGGGAAAUAACUGCAUCUUGCUUUGUUUGAAUGCAGUCUUACCUAGGUAGACUACACAUGAUGCUGUAAAAUCAAAGUUGUUUAGGAUUGUUUUAAAAGACCAUAACAGGUACGUCAGUAAUAUGUUAUUAGAUGCUAGGGUUAGAUUCUUGUGUACUAUACAGAGGUCUACCCCAAAGUGUGAGAGACCCUCCUUAUUUGGAGUGGAGACCAAGUCAAUUAUUUUUGUUAUCAGCGGAGUACUGUUCCUGCAGACUGACUGACUGUUGAAGCUGUGGGACAGAGAGAGGCACCACAGCUCCACUACAGAAGUAGCAGCUGAGGAAGCAGAAAUGGGCAAUGGCCAAUGUUAUUACCCAAGUGCUGGAAAACAGUCCCUUGAGACCCUGUGAUCACACUGCAGUUACCUGGCAGGUUUGGGACUGUGGUGUUUAAACCACUUUCUGUCCUGUCAGAAAAUAUAUCUGUGGCCACUUCAGUGUUGAUUUUCACCUUACAAGUUUUUUUGUUGGUAUCACAUAUUGGUUUAAAGCCUUAUUUAAUUUAAUGGGACUAAUUAUUACUGUUGUAUGUGAUUAUUUUAUUUUAUACUAUCGAUGUUCAUUUUUGAUAGAUUGUUAAGAUGACCUGCAGUAUUUAAUUUUUUGGGUUUAUUUCGUGAAGCAAGAAGUUAGCUGGGAUGAGCCACGUUUGGCAUUGAAGGAGAAGGAGAAGCAUUUGCAUUCUGCUGUAGUACAGGACUGUAACAAAAGAGAAAUAAAAGCUGUAUUUAAGACAUGAA